AUGCUCUCCCUCAACACCCUCCCCUCCUCCCUCGUCGCACUCGUCCUAGCAGCAUCCCCUCUCGCCUCAGCCUUCUACCUCCCCGGCAUCACACCAACCAACUACAAAGAAGGCGACCUCGUCCCCUUGACCGUCAACCACAUCACCCCCUCCCAAACCGGCACCGUUGGCGAUGGCACCCAUCAACGCACGCGCUCCGUCUUCGCCUUCGACUACUACCACCCUGCCUUCCACUUCUGUCAGCCCGAAGGCGGCGCGCAAGACAUCUCCGAGUCGCUGGGUAGCAUCCUAUUCGGCGACCGCAUUCAGACGAGUCCCUUCGAGCUGCGCAUGGGCGUGAAUGAGACGGGGUGCAGGGCUGUAUGCGACGAGGUGCAGUUCGAACCGCGGGAUGCCAAGUUCGUGAAUCGACGGAUAUGGCAGGGUUACGGCGUCAAUUGGCUCAUUGAUGGACUGCCCGCGGGGAGUAGAUGGAUCGAUCCGAGCACGGAGUCGGAGUUUUACAUGCCUGUUUUCGCGCUGGGGAGGACGGAUGAGGAGAAGGCUUACCUGAACAAUCAUUACAAUAUCUACAUUGAUUACCAUCAGGUGCGGCAGGAUCAGUAUAGGAUUGUGGGGAUUGAAGUGCGGCCGGAGUCGCUGGGUGAGAGUCGCAGGACAGGGACGGGAGAUGAUUACUCUGCGACGUGUGGGAAUGUAGGCACGGCGCUAUCGCUGGACGACAAGGUCACCACGAGCGUCACAUGGACGUACAGCGUCUUCUGGCAGCCAUCACCCACCUCCUUCGCCACGCGUUGGGACAAAUACCUGCACGUCUUCGACCCGAAGAUCCACUGGUUCUCCCUCAUCAACAGCGCCGUCAUCGUCAGCUUCCUCGUCGGUAUGGUCAGCAGCGUGCUCGUGCGCACCCUGCGCCGCGACAUCAAACGCUACAACCGCCUCGACCAACUUGGCCUCGACGACCUCGGUGACACCAGCGUCAACGCCGAAGACGGUGUGGUAGAAGACAGCGGCUGGAAACUCGUCCACGGCGACGUCUUCCGCCCGCCCCGCUACUCCCUCGCCCUCUCCGUCCUCGCGGGCAACGGCGCGCAACUCCUCACCAUGGCCGCGGCAACCAUCAUCUUCGCCGUCAUCGGCUUCCUCUCCCCCUCCAAUCGCGGCAGUCUCGCCACCGUCAUGAUAUUACUCUACACCCUCUUCGGCUUCAUCGGCGGCUACGCCAGCUCGCGCAUCUACAAAUCCUUCAACGGCAGCAAGUGGAAACACCUCUUCCUCCUCACCCCCUCCGCCCUCCCCGCGCUAGUCUUCGGCAUCUUCUUCCUCCUCAACCUCUUCGUCUGGGCGCGCGGCAGCAGCGGCGCCGUCCCUUUCACCACCAUGCUAGUGGUAGUAGGGAUCUGGUUCCUCAUCUCCGUCCCGCUCAGCCUUAUAGGCUCAUGGCUAGGAUUCAAACAACCGCAACCCGACCCUCCCGUCCGCACGAACCAAAUCCCACGCCAGAUCCCGCCAGCGCAGGGCUACCUCCGCCUCAUCCCGAGCAUGCUGCUAGUCGGCGUGUUACCCUUCGGCGCCAUCUUCGUGGAACUCUACUUCAUCAUGAACUCCCUCUGGAGCAACAGGAUCUACUACAUGUUCGGCUUCCUCUUCCUCUCCUUCGCCCUGCUCGUCGUCACCUCGGCGGCCGUCACGAUACUGAUGGUCUACUUCUUACUCUGCGCGGAGAACUAUCACUGGCAAUGGCGGGCCUUUGCCACCAGCGGCGCCAGCGCGAUCUAUGUGUUUGUGUACAGUUUGGUUUAUUGGGCGCGGAUGUUGAGUUUCAGUAGCUUCUCGGGCGGGGUGUUGUAUUUGGGGUAUUCGGCGUUGUUGAGCUUUUUGUGGUUUGUCAUGAGCGGUACGAUCGGAUUCUUUGCUUGCUGGGUGUUUGUACAGCGGAUCUACGGAUCGUUGAAGAUUGAUUGA